AACAUUGAAGCGAAACUCUGCAACUUGAAUCGAUUUCUGCUGAAAAGAUCAAGCUCACAACGAUACGCCCUCCUGUUCCUUUAAAGUCAGCUUGAUGGCUGAGGCUUCAAUGGGGGCUGUCGUGCCAUCAGUGAAGUCGGAGGCAAAACUGUCUUCAGCGGUGACAGGAUUUUCGGAAGCAGUUGAUAAAACUGCAGAAUUAGGAGAAGGCGUAGGAGCUCCACCGGCGGCAGCGGCAGCGGCGACGGGUGUGGCUGAGCUCGAUAAGGACUUGCUGUGUCCGAUAUGCAUCCAGAUCAUGAAAGACGCUUUCCUCACGGCCUGUGGUCACAGCUUCUGCUAUAUGUGUAUUAUCACUCAUCUCCAUAACAAGAGUGAUUGUCCUUGUUGUGGCCACUACCUCACCAACAAACAGCUCUUCCCAAAUUUUAUCCUCAACAAGCUAUUGAAGAAAACUUCUGCCCGUCAAAUACCAAAUACCACGUCUCCUAUGGAACAUCUUCGCCGGGCAGUACAACAGGGUUGUGAAGUAUCAGUUAAAGAGCUAGACAGCCUAUUGUCCAUCCUUGUUGAGAAGAAAAGAAAGAUGGAGCAAGAGGAAGCUGAGACAAAUAUGAAAAUUCUACUUGACUUCUUGAAUUGCCUGAGGAAGCAAAAACUAGAAGAGCUUAAUGAGGUACAAAAUGACCUCCAGUACAUUAAGGAAGACAUUAGUGCAGUAGAGAGACACAGAGUAGAGUUAUAUCGCACAAGGGAGAGAUACUCAGUGCAAUUGCGCAUGCUUAAUGAUGAUACUAUGGCAACAAAAGCAUGGUCUUCAUCAAUGGAUAAACAUGGCAGUGGUUUUAUAUCAAGUGCUCAUAAUGCACAAGGCAGGAUGGGUUCAGGCAAUUUUCAGGACAAAAAAGCUGAUGUAAAGGCUCCACUAAGCUCUCAGGGACUACAAAGAAAGGAUGCUUUUAGUGGUUCUGAUCUGCAAAAUGUUGUUACUCACUCAGGACUUGCUGUGGCUAGAAAAAGGAGGGUUCAUGCACAGUUCAAUGACCUUCAAGAGUGUUAUCUGCAAAAGAGGCGAUUUCGGGGUAGCCAACCACAUAAACAAGAAAAACAAGACACAAAUGCCACAAGUAGAGAAGGUUAUCAUGCUGGUCUUGAGGAUUUCCAAUCAGUUUUGACCACCUUCACACGAUAUAGCCGAUUGAGGGUCAUAGCUGAACUCAGGCAUGGGGAUCUUUUCCACUCGGCCAACAUUGUAUCAAGCAUAGAAUUUGACCGCGAUGAUGAGUUAUUUGCCACUGCUGGAGUUUCUCGGCGUAUUAAGGUUUUUGAGUUUUCCUCUGUGGUGAAUGAACCUGCAGAUGUCCACUGUCCUAUAGUGGAGAUAUCAACACGUUCCAAACUCAGUUGCCUGAGUUGGAACAAGUACACUAAGAACCAUAUAGCCAGUAGUGAUUAUGAGGGGAUAGUAACUGUUUGGGAUGUAAAUACGCGUCAGAGUGUGAUGGAAUAUGAAGAACAUGAAAAACGAGCUUGGAGUGUUGAUUUUUCGCGCACAGAGCCGUCAAUGCUUGUGUCUGGUAGUGAUGAUUGCAAGGUUAAAGUAUGGUGCACAAAGCAGGAAGCUAGCGUACUAAACAUUGACAUGAAAGCGAAUAUUUGUUGUGUCAAGUAUAACCCUGGAUCAAGCAUCUAUGUGGCGGUUGGUUCUGCAGAUCAUCAUAUUCAUUAUUAUGAUUUGAGGAACUACGACCAUCCACUCCAUGUAUUUGAUGGGCAUAGAAAGACUGUUUCAUAUGUGAAAUUCUUGUCUGACAAUGAGCUUGCAUCUGCAUCUACAGACAGCACAUUGAGGCUGUGGGAUGUCAAGGAAAAUUUGCCAGUGUGCACAUUUAGAGGCCAUACGAACGAGAAGAACUUUGUGGGUCUCACUGUUAACAGUGAAUACAUUGCUUGUGGCAGUGAAACAAAUGAAGUGUUUGUUUACCACAAGGCAAUCUCUAAACCUGCAGCUCGGCAUAGAUUUGGUUCAUCUGAAGUAGAUGAUACUGAUGAUGAUGCUGGAUCCUACUUCAUUAGUGCUGUUUGUUGGAAGAACGACAGUUCCACAAUGUUAACCGCCAAUAGUCAAGGAACUAUCAAAGUUCUUGUCCUUGCAGCUUGAAUUGGAUGGGAAAUCUGUUGAACUUGCUGUUAAUUGUUUUGUAUAUAUUAUAGUGAAAUUUGGUAGCUAGGAAAAGUUAAGCUUUGAGU